AUGUUUGCAGACUUGGAUUAUGACAUCGAGGAGGACAAACUCGGAAUCCCUACUGUGCCUGGGAAGGUGACCCUCCAGAAGGAUGCUCAGAACCUGAUCGGGAUCAGCAUAGGAGGAGGGGCCCAGUACUGUCCCUGCCUCUACAUCGUCCAGGUACUGGCUGCCUUGCAGGUGGGGGUACGCACCCCCUACAAAGGAAAGCGCGUGUCCCCACAGAAACUGCGCGCGCAUGUUUGCGGUGGUGUCGUUCGUAACAGCCGGAAGGUGCAGACAACCCAAAUGUCCGCCAAACGGGGGGAGGUGACUAUUCACUACAACAAGCUGCAGGCGGACCCCAAGCAGGGCAUGUCCCUGGACAUUGUGUUGAAGAAGGUAAAGCAUCGGCUGGUAGAGAACAUGAGUUCGGGGACCGCGGACGCCCUGGGCCUGAGCCGGGCCAUCCUGUGCAAUGACGGGCUUGUCAAGAGGCUGGAGGAGCUGGAACGGACCGCCGAGCUGUAUAAAGGAAUGACAGAACACGCCAAGAAUCUCCUGCGGGCCUUUUAUGAGCUGUCACAGACCCACCGGGCCUUUGGGGACGUGUUCUCUGUGAUUGGGGUGCGGGAGCCCCAGCCAGCUGCGAGCGAGGCUUUUGUGAAGUUUGCCGACGCCCACCGCAGCAUCGAGAAGUUCGGCAUCCGGCUGCUGAAAACCAUCAAGCCGAUGCUGACAGACCUGAACACCUAUCUCAACAAAGCCAUCCCAGACACUCGCCUCACCAUCAAGAAGUACCUGGACGUCAAGUUUGAGUAUCUGUCCUACUGCCUGAAGGUGAAGGAGAUGGACGACGAGGAGUACAGCUGCAUCGUGAGUCCUCAGGGGCUGUCGGGCGGCCCUGCUCCGGCUCUUGGUUCUGCCAAAAAACUUCGGGACUUUUAG